AUUCCUCCCACUGACACCAAUGAUGGGGCACUAUUCCUCCCACUGACUAAUGAUGGGGCACUAUUCCUCCCACUGACUAAUGAUGGGGCACUAUUCCUCCCACUGACUAAUGAUGGCGCACUAUUCCUUACACACCGACACUAAUGAUGGGGCACCAUCAUUGGUGUCAGUGGGAGGAAUAGUGUCCCAUCAUUGGUGUCAGUGGGAGGAAUAGUGUCCCAUCAUUGGUAUCAGUGGGAGGAAUAGUGCCCCAUCCCCAUCAUUGGAAUACCAUACUGAAAUAGCAUGCCAUAUUGAAAUCAAAUCUGAUG